UUUUCUGUAGAAUGACUGAAGACUGGCCGGUGUUGUGAUGUGUGUUUGGUGUGUGUAGAUGUAGGUCACCAAACUAACACGCACCAGCUAAUGUUAUAUCACUUACAGCAGCUCCUGAUGGAAACACGUGUUUAAAGCACAGCGAAUAAACUCUACGAAAGCGUAAUAAGGAAUGUCUGGGAAUAAUGUUGUUAGUGAGAAUGUCCCGGAGACUGAAGCCACGCCCCUCACGACCCUCGGCCCAGAAGAGAAGCAGGCUGUGGGAUCACAGUCAGAGGGCAGCUCUACAGGCUACGAGCCGGUGACGGUGUGUGUGCCAGCGGAGCUGCCGCCGGUGGUGCCCGUGACGGGCGAGUCGUUCUGCCAGUGUCCAGCUCAAACAGAGCUCAGCUCAGAUGCCCAGAUCAGCCCCUACACCCUCAGCUGCACCUGCGGAGAGGAAGAGCAGGGGUGUGAUUGGGUUUGGGACGAGGAGAGCAAAUCAUCCUCCGUGUCUCUGAGCUGCUCUGACCGGAAGGUGAUCUUCCACUCGGAGUACAGCUGUGGAACCGCCGCCAUCAGGGGAGCCAAGCCUCUCAGCGACGGACAGCACUUCUGGGAAAUCAAGAUGACAUCUCCCGUCUACGGCACAGAUAUGAUGGUUGGUGUCGGGACAUCCGAAGUGAACCUGGAUCAGUUCAAACAUAGUUUCUGCAGUCUGUUGGGCACGGAUGAGGACAGCUGGGGUCUGUCCUACACAGGUCACCUACACCAUAAGGAGUCAAAGGUGAACUUUUCAUCACGGUUCGGUCAAGGGUCCAUAAUCGGGGUCCAUCUGGACAGCUGGCACGGCACCCUGAGCUUCUAUAAGAACCGCCGCUGCAUCGGCAUAGCAGCUACUCACUUGCAGAAUAAGCAUCUGUAUCCGAUGGUGUGUUCGACUGCGGCCAAGAGCAGCAUGAAGCUGAUCCGUUCGUCUGUCUGUCUGUCUGUCUGUCUGUCUAUCUGUCUGUCAGGCAUAGCAGCUACUCACUUGCAGAAUAAGCAUCUGUAUCCGAUGGUGUGUUCGACUGCGGCCAAGAGCAGCAUGAAGCUGAUCCGUUCACAUUCUGCGCCCACCACAUUACAGUACCUGUGCUGCACACAGCUGCGCAAAAUGCUGCCCAACUGUGCAGACGCUCUGCGCGUGCUGCCCCUGCCGCCGGGUCUGCGUCUGCUGCUGUCUAGCCAGCUGGGAUGGGCGCUGACCCUCGGCUGCGCAGACGCCUGCGCACACAACAGGGAAGACAAGGCCACACAAACAGAAGAUGGCGACUAUGACGAAUACACAAGCCCAUUUCCUUCCCACAAUCCCUCUGACAACGAACGCGUCUUUAUUUCAAGUUCCUUCACUGAUAACCCUGGUUCUUAUCACGGUAAAGAUGAGCCUCUUGAUUCUACUUCCUGUCCAGAUGAUGCGCAUUAUCAAGAUGGUGUCUCCAUAAUGGAUGUUACCCGUUACCUUGAUCCCUCCUCACCUUCUGACCUCUACUGUGGCUCCGCCCCCAGCCCUGAUCACAAUUCCAUUCCUGACCCUACAUUUCAGCACGUAUCUGUUUCCUGUCCUUGCUGUGGCCCGCCAGUAUCUGUUUCCAGUGACGACUGUAAGGGAAAUGAUGCCAGCUCUGUGUGUAAACCGGAACACACCGGUUCUUGCAUUCUAUGCUCCUCCUACACUCCACCAGGCCACGCCUCCUUUUGGCCUGACUCCGCCUCUGAGAGUGGCUCGGACGGCUUCUCUGCAGAGCUAGAGGUGUACCAGAGGAAACGCUGCCGCUGGACAUGAGACACACGAUGUUUCCAUGUAAAUCACAGGUCAAAGGUCACAUUUAACGGCAGAGUUCAUGGUUUACUCACACUCACGUCGUUUCAAACUCAUUUAAGUAAGACUGCACGAUUAACCGAAAUUGUGAUACGACUUUGUGCGAUUAUACAAUCGCAAAGACUGUUAUUGAAUUAAAUGUCAACAAAAGAAAAUUGGUAAAGAGAGGCACUUAGAAACAAUCUGUUGUUUGCAACAAAAAAAAGGGGCUUC